AUGGGGAGGACUCAAUUUGCAAGUUUGUCUCAAAGGGACAGCAAUCUUAGAGUGUUUACAGUUUCUGAGCUGAAGGCAGCAACGAAGAAUUUUAGCCGCUCUGUCAAGCUUGGUGAGGGUGGGUUCGGGUGUGUGUAUAAGGGUGUGAUCAAGAGUUCUGAAGAUCCACUUAUAAAUAUUGAUGUCGCUGUGAAACAACUUGGUAAACGAGGACUGCAGGGGCACAAGGAAUGGGUGACAGAAGUUAAUGUUCUUGGGGUGGUUGAGCAUCCAAACCUUGUCAAACUAUUGGGCUACUGUGCUGAGGAUGAUGAGAGAGGAAUACAGCGGCUUUUAGUUUAUGAAUAUAUGACUAACGGAAGUGUGGAAAACCAUUUAUCACCUCGGUCGGAGACACCUCUCCCCUGGACCAUGAGGCUGAAAAUAGCCCAAGACGCUGCUCGUGGCUUAGUAUAUCUACAUGAGGAAAUGGAUUUUCAGGUGGUUCUUAUUCUAUUCCAACCUUGAUCAAAUUUUCUUUUUCGGCAUUUCAUUGCUAUAAAAAAGAGUUGCUUCAACUUUAUGGUAAUGCCAGUUACUAUUCACUAUAAGCAAGCAUAGGGCAUAUAAUUCUGUCUGUCUCUCUUUCUCUCUCUCUCAACGCCCUCCCACAUGUGCGAGUGCACACACACACACACACGCAUGCGUAAGUUUAAGAAGGUAUGCAGAAACUGUGUUGCAUAAUGAACUAGAUGUUAUGGGUCAUGAGUCUGCUAACUUCUACGAGACUGACAUUUUCUUUUAUAUAUAUUGUAGAUCAUUUUCAGAGACUUUUGAAUGCCAGUUACUAUUUACUUUCAUUCCAUAGUUUUAUUUUUGUUUUGUGUGCAAAGCUAAGCAGACGAGCCAGUGUCAAUCCAGAUGUAUGAUUCAAAAGCGGCCCAACACCCCCCCCCCCAAAAAAAAAUUAGGCUAGGGUUACGAGUUCCAGCCAACGGAACUCAGGCAGUUACUAUUCACUAAGAGCAAGCAUAGGGCAUAUAAUUCUCUGUCAUUCUGUCUCUGUCUCAAACCCCUCCCACACGUGCGAGUGCACACACAAAAACAUGCAUGUGUAAAUUUAAGCAUGUAUGCAGAAACUGUGUUGAAUAAUGAACUAGAGGUUGUGGGUCGUGAGUCUGCUAACUUCUACAAGACUGACAUUUUCUUUUACAUAUAUUGUAGAUCAUUUUCAGAGACUUCAAAUCUUCAAAUGGCAGUUACUAUUCACUAAGAGCAAGCAUAGGGCAUAUAAUUCUCUGUCUUUCACUGUCUCUCUCUCUCAACGUCCUCCCACACGUGCAAGUGCACACACAGAUACACUUGUGCGUAAAUUGAAGAAUGAUGCAGAAACUGUGUUGCAUAAUGAACUAAAUGUUGUGGGUUGUGAGUCUGCUAACGUCUACGAGACUAACAUUUUCUUUUACAUAUAUUGCAGAUCAUUUUCAGAGACUUCAAAUCUUC